AUGCAAACACACCCAUUUAAUGAAAUAGCUUGGGAAGAUAGAACUUCCUCUGUUAAAAUUAUGCUUUUUCUUAACGAAAUAGGUAGUUUCGAUAAAAGCAAGAUUAAAGUAACUUUUAAUACAGACACAGUAGAUGUAUUUGUAGAACAGUUUAAGGGAGUUAAUUAUCAUUUUGAACGAAAAACAUUCGCUGCAAUUAUUCCAGAACAGUCAAAGUAUACAUUGUCUUCAAACAGAAUAAAUCUAAUUCUUCAAAAGGAGAAAAAUGAGUCAUGGUCUUCAUUUGAAAAAGCCAAAGAUGUAAAAGUACCUAAAAUGAAUAAUAAAGAUCCACAAGCUGGUUUAAUGGAUAUGAUGAAACAAAUGUAUGAAGAUGGUGAUGAUGAUAUGAAACGAACAAUUGCAAAGGCAUGGAGUGAAGCUCAUGACAAGAAAUUAUCAGGAAAAGAUUCAUUAGAUGAGAUGAAAUAA